UCACCACCCCUCCCCACUCCACCACAUCCAAAGCGAACGCGCACGACCGCGCGCGCGCACGUCCGAGAUAGCACGGGUGCGCUCAUGCAGAUCCUCAGGUUGCUCGCAGCGCGGCGCUUCCGCCGCCGCCGCGCGGUGUCCACGAUCUCCGCGACGGCGCCGAGCACCCCGUGCGGCUACGGCUACAGCUACGGCGAGGAGGACGAGGGCCCGUUCUUCGACCUCGAUCUCUCCUGCUGCUCCGCGCCUGCGUCCAGCGCGGGCAGCCAGGUGGCCGAGUCGGGGUCGGAGUCCGAGGAAUCCUGCACCGCCGGCGAGCUCGACUUCGUCAUCUCGCUGCAGCGAAGCCGCUCCACGUCGCCGUCCUACGAGGGGAGCCUCUUCUUCCGCGGCGCGGCGCCCCCGCCCCUGCUCAAGUUCUGCGCGUCCGAGCCGAGCGACGCCGCCUCACGUUCGCGGUACAGCUGCGCGAGCCGGCGCGGGAGUAAGCUGCAGCUGCGCACGCUCAGCUUCGGAACCGCCAAGUCCGCGUUCUACGGUGGCCGCGCCAGCUUCUCCCGGAGCAUGAGCAGCGCGCGCUCUGCCAGGCUCUUCGCCGUGUACGGCGGAUACGGCUCGCCCGACCAGGACCAGGACGAAGCAGCCAAGAUCAGGCCGCCCUCGGGCGACGUCAUCCGGCGGUACCUGAGCAAGAUCUCGAGCAGGCUGCGGCGCGUGGCGCCCGGCCCCGCCGCCGCGGAUCUCUUGCUCCGGAAGAGCCGGUUGGCGUCCGCUGCGCAGAUGUCGGCGGCUCAGUCGCCGCUGCCAGCUCGCCGCGACGACUCGCUCCUCGAGAAGCAGGACGGCAUCGCGAGCGCCAUCGCGCACUGCAAGGAGUCCCUUCACCGAGCGUCCGUCUCGGAGCACGACACGUCCUUACUGCGAUCGCGGAGCGAUCCGGGGCCGUAGGCAGCAUCGUCGCUGGUGUUUUGCAUUUGCCAUGCAUGCCAUUUCGCUCCGGGGUUCUGGAGGAGGCGGAGGCUGAAGCUUCGCGCUGAACUUCGCAAAGGAAGCAUGGAAAAGACGACGAACCUGCCGCAAGUACAAAUUGCCAAAGGUUCAAGAACAUGCGGCGGUUUAGCGACUUAGAGAUCUUUAACCUUGUUUAUGUGUGCGAGUGAGUUCUUUUUUGGAUUUUAGGCGUGGGGAAAGAGCUCCUUUUAGGCUCCUUUAGCCACCUCCCUCAUGUACAAGCGUGGAUCAGUGCCUCUUUACCCUCUUUUCAGACGUGUAAUUUUCUCUUUUGGCUCGCUUUGUACAAGAGAGACCUGCAAAUGCAACACGACCUGUAAUUAGGUACUCAAUCUCAUUCACCGUUUGGUUCGAUGGCAAUCUCAUCAUAUUAUUUGGCUCGUA